UCCUUCCUUCCUGCCUCCCUCGGACACGUUUUCCGCUAUGGGGCCGAGCUUCGGGGCCUCCCGCUUCUUCUGAGGAUCCCGGAAGCCGCCCCCGCGAUGGAAGAGGACCAGGAGCUGGAGAGGAAGGCAAUUGAAGAACUGCUUAAAGAGGCAAAACGUGGGAAAACAAGAGCAGAGACAAUGGGGCCUAUGGGUUGGAUGAAGUGUCCUCUUGCUGGCACCAAUAAAAGAUUUCUCAUUAACACAAUUAAGAAUACGCUGCCCUCCCAUAAAGAGCAAGACCAGGAGCCAAAAGAAGGCAGUAAGGAGCCGGCAGCGAAAAGCCAGGCCCCGAAAGAAGAAAGCCGCAAGAAGCACCGGUCGCACCCCUACAAGCACAGCCUCUCAGGCCGAGACUCGGUCCGAGCUUCCCCAUCCAGGUCCAGGAAGCGGAGCAGCAGGGAGAAGAGUGACAGGCGCUCCAGCAGGCGAUGAGCCCCAAGAAGAAGCCAGCUAUCACCAGCCACUUGCGCUGUGCUCUCUGCAGCCAGAGCUGUGCAGAGGUUCUGGAGCAAAAGCCCUGACCUGCCCAAACAAACAAAUACAAGUGAUUUUUUUUCUCUUUCUUUUCUUUUUAUUUCUUUUCUCUCCCCCCCCCUUUUUUUUCUUAUAGCGGUUCCUUUGUUGGGACCAGCAGAAAAUGACCCAGAAACUCUUCAAGGAAAUCAGCACAAAGAGCCUUGCUCUGAAAAUGUGUUGGCAAGUUUAAACUACUUUAGCAGCACAGUCUCCAUAUGUAUUAUUUUUAUGCUGUUUUGUUUGAAAGUUAGUUUCAGAAUAAACCUAAAACCUCUUAAGUUUUCAGAGAUUGGCAAAAUUAGUGGGAAUGUUCAUGAUGUGCUGCAAUUGUGGUCAUUUCUCUAAAAUUUCUCAAAAAACAAUAAUAAAAUACUCAUAAAUCCUAUACUUCACUGUUUUGGGUAACAGAUUAAAAAUUUAGAAGUCAUCUGGCCAGUAACCAUAUUUAUGAAAAGUUUUAGUGCUUUCAAGACUAGAAAUUCACCAAGAAACUCUUGAAUAGCUCUGUAUUUGUUUUCAUGUAAGUGAGCAUUGUAGAAAAUUCUUGCAAUGGCUUUGAAUUUAGUGUUCCAUGAUUAUUAAUAACCAGGGGUUUGAAAAUUGUCUCCUUUUGCUUUCUCAAACUUAGAACAAAUUUUCUAUAUUUAGUUUUUUAGAGAAUGUAAGUUUUAAGUGGUGCUUUAACAAGAACCCUUAAACAUUAAAAUUAACAGUAAUUUUUAGUGCUCUACCUUAUUUAGCUGAAGACCUGUGAUACCACUCUUAGGGUAGUUAUUUCAGAAAUCCUGAUUUUAAAUAAAAGUGUGUUUACAAUG